ACAAAACUAGUCUAUGGUCAACUUUUAAACGGUUGUUUUUCCCUAUUUAUAAAUGCAAAUUACUUUCUGGAAUCGUUAAAGCCAAAUAGUGCUAAUCGCGAAUUAACAAUGAUAAUAAACAGUGUUGUUGGAAUUUCCCCUUUAUCCAAGCUAUAAAGCAUACGCGACCGGAAAAACAGUAGUAACCACUACGUGGUACGCCUUUGACGAUCAUGUACAUUAUUUUUUUUGCAUUACUGUCGAUUUCCCGUGCGCCAUCAUUAAAUGGUCACCGAACUAACCACAAUCCCAUAGUGAAUACGUCCUGUGGAAGCAUUCAAGGGAGUGUUAUCCGAAGCGUCCUCGGUAAGUCGAUUUACUCCUUCAGAGGGAUUCGUUAUGCGAAAGCACCGGUUGAUGAGCUUCGGUUUGAGCCUCCAGUGCCUGCAGAGAAAUGGGAAGGCUUGUACGAUGCGACCAAAGACGGACCGCUUUGCCCACAACCUGGCGACAUACCAAUUUCUGAAGACUGCCUUCGAUUAAACGUGUACACGACCAAAGUAAGUCCAAACACAGUCAGUCAGUAGUAGUCUAACAGCAUUCUUCAGCUACCCUCAGCGCAUCACAAUCCAAAACGGGCGGUGAUGUUCUACAUGCAUCCCGGUGGUUUUUACGCUUUCUCAUCCGUCAGUAAAUGGACCGGCCCCCAAUACUACCUCGACCAAGACGUGGUGCUGGUCACCAUCAACUACAGAUUAGGCUCACUAGGUUUUCUUAGUACAGGUGAUCGUCUAGCUCCCGGAAACAACGGAUUAAAAGAUCAGGUGGUCGCUUUGAAGUGGGUCAAAGAGAACAUUCGCGCUUUUGGAGGUGACCCAAAUUUGGUGACCAUUGUUGGUUACAGUGCCGGAGGUGUAAGCGUGGCCUCACAUUUACUGUCGCCAAUGUCUAAAGGAUUAUUUCAUCGAGCCAUCGCCAUGAGUGCCAUGGUCUUUGGUCAAACGCCCAUAGGAAACCACCAGUACCAUCUCGCGCAGAAGCAGGCUCGAUUGGUGGGAUGCCCGGACGAUACUUCGGAAAAUAUACUCAAGUGCCUAAGGACGAAGAGUGCCAAGGAGCUGGGAGAUUCCCUAGGAGGCUUUGCUGAGUACGGUAGCGAUCCAGUUUCAAUCUGGACGCCAGUGAUUGAAUUGGAUUUUGGACAAGAGCGGUUUUUCACAGAGCAUCCGAUUAAAAAUGCCCUUAACGGUAAUUUCCAGAAAGUUCCGAUCAUGGCGGGCAUUACAACAGAAGAGUUUUCCUAUCAGGCUUUAGGAGUAGUCAACAAUCCGCAAUUGCUAAGGGAAAUGGAUGAAGAAUUCGACAGAGUGGCUCCAAUUGCAUUUGUCUACGAGCGCAACACUACAAGAUCGAAAGCUAUCAGUAGAAAGUUAAGGGAGGAGUUUUUGGGACCGGGACCCUUGACCCAGUCGUCCCUCAAAGGUCUUGGAUAUCUCUACGCAGACGGCGUGGUUGGGUUCGGUGUUAACCGUGGAAUUAAAAUGUUGGCCGCCAAGAACACGGAGUGCACCUACUACUAUCGGUUCAGCUACCCGGGUAGAUUUAGUUACUUUUAUUUACCCAACACAACCACACCAUACGGGGUUACGCACCAUGACGAUUUGAUUUACAUGUUUUACUCUGAGAUCUUCCCCAAGUUCAAUACGAGUGAUCCUGAGUACGAGAUGGUAAAGAAAUUAACAACGCUGCAAGUGAACUUUGCUUACACAGGGAACCCUACCCCUUCGAGAAGUGCUCUUCUUGAUCACACGUUAUGGACUCCUAUUACUCCCCGGAAUGAUGUCUACAUGGACAUCGGUUUACAGUUGAAAAUGAAGAAGGGUCUGUACGAAGAACGUUAUUCAGUUUGGAAUAGCUUAUUCCCGUUAUCUGAUUUUAUCAUGAAGUCGCUGUUACUUUUCUUAAUUUCCUUCUAUUUAGCCAGUGGAAACCAUGAAUGCCCCAUGGUCAGCACCCCAUCCGGUGAUCUUCAAGGAAGUAUCAUCCUCAGUGUCCUCGGCAAGCCGAUCUAUUCAUUUAGAGGGAUUCGAUAUGCAAAGGCGCCCGUUGACGAGCUCAGAUUUCAGCCCCCGGUUCCUGUAGGGAAAUGGAACGGUGUUUAUGACGCGAGCAAAGAUGGACCUGCGUGUCCGCAACCAGGGAAUUUAACAAUUUCUGAAGAUUGUCUCCUGCUGAAUGUCUACACGACCAAGCUACCCUCGGCGCAUCACAACCCGAAACGACCGGUUUUAUUCUACAUUCACCCCGGGGGUUUUUAUGGGCUGUCGUCUGUGAGUAAAUGGGUGGGCCCGCAUUACUACCUGGACCAAGACAUCGUUCUUGUGACCAUCAACUACAGAUUGGGCUCCUUGGGUUUCAUCAGCACAGGGGAUCACUGGGCGCCCGGCAAUAACGGCAUGAAAGACCAGGUGGUCGCAUUGAAGUGGGUGAAAGAGCACAUUGCCUCCUUUGGAGGUGAUCCGAAUUUGGUGACGAUUGUUGGCUACAGCGCAGGGAGUCGGAGCGUGUAUGCGCACGUGGUCUCCCCCAUGUCGAGAGGAUUGUUUCAUCGAGCCAUAGCCAUGAGUGCGCACUUCUUUGGCCAACUGCCCCCAGUAAACCACCAAUUUCCUAUUGCACAAAAGCAAGCCCGUUUGGUAGGAUGCCCGGAUGAUACAUCCGAAAAUAUCAUCAAAUGUUUGAAGACAAAAAGUGCCAAAGAGAUAGCGGAUACUUUGCGUGGAUUUUCGGAGUUUGGAAUCGAUCCAGUUGUCGUGUGGUGGCCAGUUGUGGAAUUAGAUUUCGGCCAGGAGCGGUUCUUGACCGAGGCUCCACUUAAAAGCGUUCUUAAGGGAAACUUCCAUAAAGUUCCCAUAAUGGGCGGCCUAACAGUGGACGAAUUUUCUUAUCGGGCUUUAGGACUCGUGAACAAUCCAGAAUUGCUAAAAACCAUGGACGAAGAGUUCGACAGGGUGGCUCCUAUAGCGUUUAUUUACGAGCGCAAUACGACAAGAUCUAAAACUGUCAGCCGGAAGUUAAGGGAGGAGUUCUUGGGAUUAGAGCCGCUAAGCCAAUCGUCGGUUCAAGGUGUUGGCCACUUAUACGCCGAUGGAAUAGGAGGAUUCGGUAUUAAUCGAGGAAUUAAAGCGCUAGCUGCAAAAAACACGGAAUGCACUUACUACUACCGGUUCAGCUACCAGGGUAGAUUCAGCUACUUCUACUUACCCAACACCACUACACCGUACGGGGUCGUACAUCACGACGAUUUGCUUUAUUUGAUCUACUCGGAAAGAUUCCCCAAGUUAAACACAAGUGACCCAGAGUACGCGAUGGUUAGGAAACUGACAACGCUUCACACGAACUUUGCUUAUACAGGAAACCCGACCCCAUCAAAAAGUGCGCUUUUUGAUAACGAACUAUGGGUACCGAUUACUCCCGAAAAUAACGCAUACAUGGAGAUUGGUAAAAAAUUAAAGAUGAAGAAGAAUCUAAAUGAAGAACGGUAUUCAGUGUGGCGUGAACUAUUCCCUCUGUCCGAUUACCAAUAGCCUUCUCCGAAACUGAGUAGAGUACGUUUGGAAAUGUAGACACUCUUACUGGUAAUGCAUAUAAGCUCGAUGUACUUUAAUGCCAAUAAAAUCUAUAAGAUGCGUUUA